CCCAUACGAGGAUUCCAAUCCACCUCCAACCAAAAGUCUGAAUCAUGGCUUACCCGAACAAUUAUAAGAAUUGACUAACCCACCCAGCUGAUGGAUGCGUAGUAUUUUUCCCUCGUAGCAGCGCCCUCCAGCAUCUUCCACAGUCUUCGUGCUGCUCUCACGGACUCUUAUAAAAGACCGCUCCAAGUCCACAUGAAACUCCUCUGGUCUUUUUUUAUCGCUAUCAUUGCAAUUGUCUUGACUUGGCAAAGUACUUCUACAUUUGACUUCUUUACUAGAUACUUUACUACUACCACCACAACCACAACCACAACCACAAACACCACAUUGAAUACCACUUUCCCCACUACCACUACCCCAAUCAUCAUCAACAACAACAACAACAGCAUAAUGGCCGUCCCACGCGCAAUCCGUCAAGCCUUCCUCGCCAUCGAACAAGCCGAAGGCGCCGGCGCCCGCGUGCGGCGCUCCAUCGGCACCGCCAAACUGCGCCACCUGAGCCCGUUCCUCAUGCUGGACCACUUCACCAUCGGCAAGGGGGCCGGAUUCCCCGACCACCCGCACCGGGGCCAAGAAACCAUCACCUACCUUUUAUCCGGCGGUGUCGACCAUGAAGAUUUCGCCGGCAACCGGGGCACCAUUGGUCCGGGCGAUUUGCAAUUCAUGACGGCCGGGCGCGGAAUCAUGCACGCGGAAAUGCCGCACGAGAAUCCCGAUGGCAGUCCCAACGUCGGCAUGCAGCUGUGGGUGGAUCUGCCCAAGAAAUUGAAGAUGUGCGAGCCGCGCUAUCGGGAUCUGCGCGCCGAGGAGAUCCCCAUCGCUACCACCGAUGAGGGCCGGGUCACCGUCAAGGUCAUUUCGGGCCAGUCGCAUGGGGUGGAUUCCGUGCGCGAUUUGGCCUAUACCCCGGUCUGGUUGUUGGAUGUGACGAUUCGGCCUGGGGGUCGCGUUAAGCAGUUGUUGCCUGUCGGGUGGAAUGCGUUUGCCUAUACGUUGCAGGGCCGGACCGUGUUUGGGUCUGGAGAGGAGACUCAGUCGAUUGAGCAGUUUCAUAAUGUUGUGUUUGAGCAGCAGGGCGAUUAUGUGGAGGCUUCAGUGCCUGAUAACGCUGAAUCCGAGGGCAGGUUCUUGAUCGUUGCGGGCCAGCCGCUGGAUCAGAAGGUCGUUCAGUAUGGCCCGUUUGUUGUCACCAGUCAGGAGGAGGUCUAUCAGGCCAUGUUGGACUACCAGACUGCGUCCAAUGGGUUUGAGAAGUCCCGUGGCUGGGAGAGUGACAUCGGGAAGCGCAUGGCCUAUUAAGGGGCCGGCCGGGAUGAUGUUUAGACAAGCGGGAUUGGAUAUUGCGGGUUGGCGUUUGGGGGUUCUCCUAGGAUUGUUUGUUAUAUAGAUCACAUAAUAGCAUCACGACUGAUGA